GAAAUUAACGAGAUAAGACAGUAUUGUUUUCCUUUUGCUCGAUAAUGAGAAAUGUUGAUAUCCAAUCGGUAGGUGUAAAGCUCGUCAAGUCUUGAACCACGUCCGACGGGAAUCGAAUCGAAACCGUCAAGAGAUAUUGAUGAGAGAUGUCGGCGGAAGACGUGUUGUUCGACAUGCUGCAUUCGGAAAUCGUGUCGUAUUUGGUGUCGAAGUCGGCCGAGGACGAAGACAUAUCAAUAUUGGAACACUUGGGCUACUCGUGCGGUUGGCGGUUGAUUGAAAGAAUAACAAAAGAGUUGCCGAGGUAUAAAGAAGAAUUAGAAAUAUUAAAAUUCAUAUGCACAGAUUUCUGGUCUUGUGUUUACAAAAAGCAAGUGGAUAACUUACGAACCAAUCAUCAAGGUGUUUACGUAUUGCACGACAAUGAGUUUCGUUUUUUUAGCAAGCUGUCAAAUGGCACGCAAUAUCUAAAAUCUGCACCAAAAUAUGCUACAUUUACAUGCGGUCUAAUUCGAGGAGCUCUAGAAAACUUUGGGAUUUCAAGUAUUGUUACUGUUGAAAUAAUCAGAAUGCCAUCUUGUAAAUUUCAUAUACAAGUAUUACCAUCAUCGUCUUAAUAUUCAUGGGACAAGUCAAUAUAAAUUUGUCAGUGUUCCUUUUAAGAACAUUCUGGAUCUCAAUCCAAUAAUAUUUUUGCUGUAUUCAACAACAAAGCAAUUUUUGUUCUAAUAUUUUAUUGUUUAUAAAUUAAUAUAUUACACUUCUUAUUCAAUGA